AUUAAAUACACAACGUGAGCACAAAGAUUGUUGUAAACCAGUAGAUCUAUAUAAGGCUACACCAACUCAAUUAGGUUUACAUUAAACCAACACCAUGGCUACCCGGAUCGUUGUAAUUCUACUGAUUUGCAUAUUAAGUUUCCCGAUCUAUCAAGGGAGACAAGAGGAGAAGAAAGCAUUAACAAAGAGAACCAUUUCAAUCUAUGACGCAAAAUGCAGAAAGUUUUCUGGAUUUCGAUCUUACACAGAAGGCGAUGUUAAAAUGUGUCUCAGCUACCGUCAAGAUUUUAAAAACUACACUGAUGCAAGAACGUAUUGCUCUAGUGUCAAUUCAAGACUUGCCGUAAUCAAAACGUGGGAGAAAUUCCAAAUCGUAGUACCCUUCGUGAAUGCUUGGAUUGGUUUAGAUGAUCUGGAAACUGAAGGGACUUUCAAAUGGGCUGAUGGUUCAGUGUUAGACGACCAUCUCAAAAGUCGCAUUUUUUACCCAGGAGAACCGAACGCUUAUUAUCCUCAAGAGAACUGUGUUUGCCAGAGAUGUUGGACAUACUUCGACAAGUUAUGUGACACACUCUGCUACCUUGCUAAACAUUAUCUUUGUGAGAAAGUGAUUUGACCUUUGCACCAAAAUUCAAUGCCAACAAUACUAUAUAUAUCUAAAAGGAAUAAAACAAUUUUAAAGUGA